AUGCGAAGAAGUCUACUGAUGAACAACUCUCAAGACUUUGCCAUGGGCAUUUGUGUGGGGGGUGCCUUCCUCGAGACCAAGGAGUUAGCACGCAGAAUCGCUCCAAUACUCAACGACGAUUGCUCUCCUCUGUGGGCGUUGCCCAUUGGACGGAUGAAUUUCAUCUAUGCGCUGCAGAGUCAUUGGCCGACGUUCCUUCAGUUACAACUGCUGAGCGAGCGAAUCAGUCGGGAAUACAGGUACUAUGGUAAUCUCUGCGAUUUGUUGAAUGCCGAGUUGCCCUUCGCUGCAGAGUUUUUCCACAAUGUCCGACCCAAGGAGCUUGAGGGGCAGGUGAGGAUGUGUGGCGGCUUGCGCAUAGUCCUCCGCUACCUGGACCGUGCAGUGAAAACGACACGACUGUCGGCGGACUGGUUAGGGGAUAUCACCGCGGCGGAAAGACUCUUGAAGAUGCUGGCGCAUGGCUCGAGCCUGGCGGAGUUGUUGUCGGCCAUUGGUCAACUGCCAGAGGAACGAAGUCCAUGGGUCUUGUUGAAUCGCAUGCAGAAGCGAUGGUGGUGUCCCCAAAAUCCGGGGCUCAAAGACGCCAUCCUUGCUAUGGGCAAGGAAGAUUGGAAGCGUGUCUUGGGACGUUUGGGGCUGAACUGCAGUUGCAUUAUUCCGGACAACAGCUCUGGGCUCCUUGGCGAUGAUCGGCGGCCGGUCCCCUGCUCAAUGAGAGAGUCCUACGCUGAUCUGGUACUUGACUCAGCGUGUAACCCCAAUGCAGCGUACUAUGAGGCGAUGGUCUAUCAGCCCGGAAUCCUCAAAUUCUGGCUGAACAGAGGCUGCAAUCUUUUUCUCUUCAACUAUGCUGGCUACGGGCGCUCCAGUGGCAAACCAUCGCCUUCUAGAGUCUCUCAGGAUGGUGAGGCUGUGGUUCGAUUCCUCAGAAGUAGGGGUGUGACCAACCUUGGCAUCUAUGGAAGGUCCAUUGGGGGCGUUGCAGCUUGCUAUGUGGCCCGGCGUUUUCCUGAGGUGAAGAUUCUCAUCACUGACAGGACAAUGUCCACCUUAGAAGGUGCAGCCAGAUACAUGUAUGGCGGUUGGGCUGCCAAGGGCCUAAGGGCCACGUGCAAUGAGAAUCUGGAAGCCUUGCUGAAACGCUGUAGCCUAGAUCCUGCGAUUCUUCAGGAGAAACCCAGCAAAAAGCUGCUGUACUACGUCCACCGACAAUUCUUCUUGGAGUUGCCCUUCGAAAACCUCAGUGUCUUGCGCGAGAAUUGGAUUUCCUUGGAUGUCAAUGACAUCAUCAACAAGAUCUGUGGUCCUCCGAGGCGGGGGGGAUACUGCUUCGAACUGAACAAACUCCUUGCAUCCAUCCUGCAGCACUUGGGUUUCCAUGUGCAGCCUUUGGCUUCCCGGGUCUUCCAGGAUGAUGGGCAAACACCCAGGCUUCCCACACCACCGGUCCAGACGCACAUGUGUUUGCUGGUCGCCCCAGAGUUGGGUGGUGAGACCUUUCUUUGCGACGUGGCCUUUGGGAAAGUUGGCUUGUUGGAGCCAUUGAGCCUGAAUAUGCUGAACAAAGGAGCUGUAAAGAAUGGACACGCGAGAAUGAAGUUGAUAAGCUCCACUCGCCGGCAGAUGUCAGGCAUCGACUACGAGAUUUACACCCUGUGGUACACCAGCACCGACACCGAGACCGACUGGAUACGGGGAUACGCGUUUCUUCCGGUGCAGGACUGCCAUUUGCUGGACUUCAUUCCACUGAAUGGAUCGGUUCACGGCUACUUUGAAAGCCCCUUCACCCAUCGCCUCUGGUGUGAGACUCGCAGCCCAUCGCAUGUCCGGAUUUUUGGCACCUUGCCUUGCAUCACCACGGGGCACAACGGGUGUGUCACGGGUUUAGGAACAGAAUGGGUGAUGAAUGAUGGCGAGACACUGGGCACUGGCAGGGGACAUGGAUACCUCCGAGUACUGAAGUCUACCAUUGAAUCAGGGAGGCAUUUGCAGCAGCUCUUACAGUCACACUUCAGACUGGACUUGUCCCUGGAAGAGUGCCGUAACCUUUAUGGCGCGCCGGCACUGUGGUCUCGCUUGCUGGCCUUGCGUCGCCGCGCGGCGCGCCUUCAAGCGCCGGCCCUGUCGGCCCUGUGGCACUGGAUGUCGCUGAUGGCGGUCCCAACUGUGGCGCUGGCGCUCUGCUGGAGGUGGUCUCGCUUGCUGGCCUUGCGUCGCCGCGCGGCGCGCCUUCAAGCGCCGGCCCUGUCGGCCCUGUGGCACUGGAUGUCGCUGAUGGCGGUCCCAACUGUGGCGCUGGCGCUCUGCUGGAGGCCAUUGGAGCGGACUGUGUUAGAAGGUGAGAUGGCUUUGGCAAUGACCCGAGUUCGAGCUCGCGAUCUGCCGCAGUGGAUUCCACUCCAGUCGAUGGUAGCAGACAACACGGAAAAUUUUUUGGAGGUUCGGUGUCACAAGGUCCUGAUUUGUGAUCCUCGGGACCAAAUGAUCUUGGACCCUGCAGCUCUUCGGACGGAGGUUGCUCUGAAAGUCUUGGAGCGGCUCUCUUCAGAGGAGCGGAUCCAGGUGGAUGAUGGAAGCCUGAAGUCCUUUGAGGAGGCCUGGCGUUUCUUCGACGUCCUGUUCUCGCUUCGAGAGGGCGAAGAGGACGAUGCCUUCUGUGGCAGGUCGCGACAGCUGGCGGCUGCGGAUUCAAGACCAGAGGUGCCGAAAGCCUUGGAGGAGCGAGGUGAGGGUCGAGGCACUGGCGCUGGUGCCCAAGGCGAACGUUUGAAAACUUCGUGGUUGGAAGACCACCCGGAUGUGGUCCGACUCCUUUUGCCCUGUGAAGAUCAGCUCCAACAGUUGUUUGAGCUUUGCGAGGGCAUUGAAGGAGCAGGCGUCACCUUGCCCGAAGCGUUGGAAGGGAAGAAUUGCUGUCAUUCAUUGCGAUGCCUCAUUGCAAACAUGCAAGUCUGGGGCGCAGUGGGCAAUCCACGCGCAGAGGGAGCAGAUUUUGCUCUCCUCACCGAGAAGGGACAGGAGAUUCCGCAAAAUCUCUGGGAGAUUGAUCAAUUUCUUUCAAAGGAUGACGUGAGUGCUCACUAUGUCAGCCCAAUACGUCUGGAAGAAUUGAUGAAGACCUUGCACCCGGACGUCGUGGCGCGGUACCACCGGCAGCUGGCGCGGAUGCGCGUCACGGUGGUGUGGCGCGAGUUCCGGCGGCGCCAGUCCCUAUUGCAGGGCGCCUUGGGGAACUUGCAAGUGCCGCCAGGGGAUCUCGAUAAACAGCUGGACCUGGACCGCCUUGUUCGCACGGUGCUGCUGCACUUGGACGAGAUUGGCGGCUUCAUCUCCUUGUUGGCGGGCUUCUUUAAGAGCGUCGAUUUGGUGAACGUGGAUGAUGCACAGGCAGGUCACGAUGCCCGGCCAGUGAUUGACAGGUCACAGGCAGGCUAUGCCAUGCACGUCGAUUGCGGGCACAAUGGUCCCUUGGACGAGGUGGAUUUGAGACAGUUGGAACUGCACCUUCGUGUGGCUCACUUCGGGAUGGCCGCGGUGUGACGCGGUGGUGCGGCUCUGGCGCUGGAGCGACAAUUUCUGAGCGGAUGGACAGAGCCCGAAGCGUUCUGGAAAACCCAAC